AUGGCAUCUUCCGAGUCAAAGAUGUCCUUCAAGAAGUCCAGUAUCCUGCUCCUAGUGGCCGCCUGUCUGGUGGCUUUUGUGUCCUCCUAUCCACAGCCAUAUCCUGAGGAGUAUCUGAUGGCUGAACCCGAGGAUCUUCUAGUGGCUGAACCACUCCUGGUUCGUCGUGCUCGUUCCCCGGAAGGUGGCUCCGUGGUCCUAACCGCCAGUAAGGAUCCCCAAUUUGGACGAGAGGCCAGUGUCCAAUAUAACCAUAAUCUCUACACCAGCCGGGAUGGACGUGGCACCAUCGAUGCCUAUGCCCAGGCCAGUAGGAAUUUUGACUUUAAUCGCAACAACUAUGGCGGUGGACUUCAGGCCUCUUGGCGCUUCUAAAAAAGAGGAAGAUAUCCUCUAUGGAUUCUAUUCCAAAGUAUUAACUCAACUC